UGGGCACAGGUGGGUGGCACUGGUGGGCACAGGUGGGUGGCACUUCUGGGCACAGGUAGGUGGCACUUCUGGGCACAGGUGGGUGCACUGCUGGGCACAGGUGGGUGCACUGCUGGGCACAGGUGGGCGGAGCUAGUGGGCGCACUGCUGGGCACAGGUGGGCGGAACUUGCGGGUGGCACUGCUGGGCACCGAUCAUCAGGGCACUGAUCAUCAGUGUCCUGAUGAUCGGUGCCGAUCCCCGCUGUGACAACUGCCGGUUCUCGGCAGUACUUUCCUCACGAUCUGACAGCGUGAGGAAAGUGCAGCCGAGAACCGGCACUUGCAU